AAAAAAUAAUCUACAAGUCUACAUUGACUUCCAGCAAUAAUAACAAUAAUAAAUAAAUAAAAAAUGAGCGAUAUUGACUGUAAUUUCGGGAACUGUGACUGUGAUUGUGAUCCUGAUUGCUGCUGCUGCUGUCUUGAUUUUGAUCUGUGCUCUGAUGGCUGCUGCUGCUGCUGUCCUGAUUUUCAUCAGUGCUAUGAUGGCUGCUGCUCUUCGGACGGCAACCAUAGUCUCUGUUGUUGUGUCGUUUGCAUCGGAAGCAGUGAUCGUAACAGAAACCAUAGAGAUAGCGGCUUCGUCCCAUGGCUGUGUUGUUGGGAUUGCGGUUCUCGAAGGAGAAGGACAUCGUCUUCGGAAGGCCAACGGAGGCCGGAUCCGAAGCAGAACGGGACGAAGAAAGAAGAGAAAGGGAAGAAGAAAGAGCCUGGAACUUGCUGCUCAAGCCACGGGCCCUUUGAUACCUCACCAAGAUACACGCAUCAAUACGACUCCUCCGAUUGGAACAGAACCAAACAUCAGUGCUCAAGAUGUUCAUCCAUUCCACCAUCACCAUUGGACCCUCCUAGGAUGCAACAAUUUGGUAGAUUAGAUCAUGAGAAGCGUUUUAUAGGGCAUGGGAUGUAUUAUUAGGGUAUAAUGGUGAUAAUGUUGCAACCCUCUCGAUAUAUUUUCAGAUGUUUUUUAAUGGUUUUGAUAUACAUAUUCAUGUCAAAAUCAUGGAAAAUUGUUAAAAAAUAUAUAUAUAAAUUAAUACAUUUUCAGUUGAAGAUCUUGUGGAAGCCCUUUUUAAGU